UAGUUAAUCUAAAUAAUAUAUAUCCUUUAUCCUCAACUUUAUAUUCUGUUUUUCUCCAUUUCUUGUGCCCUAUGUUUCAUACCGAAAAGGAAAUGGUGGGAAUUCAAACACAGUGAUCUGGAAUCGGAGGUUAGGCAUUUGCAUUGAAACGCAGAUUUCAACAACUGGAAGAGUGAAUAUGGCCCUGUCUCCACCUGUUGAGAGGCACAGAAUGAUAAUACCCAACACGCAGGGUCAAAAACUCGUGGGCAUAUUGCAUGAAUCUGGAACUAGGGACAUUGUCAUCUUGUGUCAUGGUUUUCGAUGCUCUAAAGACACCACCCUCAUAUUGAACCUUGCUGUUGCGCUGGAAAAUGCCAAAAUUAGUUCUUUCCGCUUUGACUUUUCUGGAAAUGGGGAAAGUGAAGGUUCAUUUCAGUAUGGUAACUAUUGGACAGAGGUUGAUGAUUUACAUGCUGUAGCUCAACAUUUCCACAAGUCAAAUCGUGUAAUCAGUGCAAUUGUUGGUCAUAGUAAAGGAGGUGAUGUAGUGCUUCUGUAUGCUUCAAAAUAUCAUGACAUUGAAACAGUUGUCAACCUCUCUGGGCGUUAUGAUCUGAAGGCAGGCAUUGAAGAGCGCCUUGGAAAAGAUUAUUUAGAAAGAAUUAGGAAAAAUGGCUUCAUUGAUGUGAAGAAGAGGAGGUCAGGAAGUUUCGAUUUCCGUGUAACUGAGGAAAGUUUGAUGGAUCGCUUGGGAACAAAUAUGCAUGAAGCAUGCGUUCAGAUUGACAGGGGAUGCAGGGUCUUUAUAAUUCAUGGUUCUUCCGAUACAAUUAUUCAAGUUGAAGAUGCAUUUGAGUUUUCCAAGAUCAUACAAAAUCACAAGUUACACAUCAUUGAAGGAGCUGAUCACGCAUUCAGUAAUCAUCAAGAAGAGUUAUCCUCAGUUGUUGUAAACUUCAUAAAGGAAAACUUGCACCAGGACAAGAGUACCACUAGCUAGGCAUCUAUUCUUGCCAGCAUAUGUAUGAACUCUUUGUUUAUGAACGUUUUCCCAAUGAUAUACUUGUGGUGCAUCUUGCAGUUU